UGGGUCUCGCUAUGUUACUCAGGCUGGUCUGGAACUCCUGGGCUUAAGUGAUCCUCCUACUUUGGGCUCCCAAAGCGCUGGGAUUACAGGCGUGAGCCACCGCGCCCGGCCCAGCCAGCAAUUUUUAAUGGGGCUCAGGCUUGAAUCUUGAACUCACUAAAACCCCUCAGCUUGGAAAAACACCCGGGGUUUCCAUGGGAGUGAGGUAAACGGCGGCUGGUGAAACAACAAAGGCUGUGCGUCCGCGUUCAGAGCCGCUGGGCCGCCGGGCUCGCUGGGGGCCGGGGCCGCGGUGUCCUGGGUGGCGGAGCUCCCGGAAUGUGACUCAGCCACCGCGGCCCCGCGAUCCUCUCCCGAGCCACCGCCUCAGCCGGUGCCGACGAGGGCGACGCCGAGACCGGCGCGUCAGCCAGGGAGGAGCUGGAAAAGGGGCGCAGGGCCUGAGGCCCGGCCGCCGCCCGAGUGGAUGAGCGACCGAGCGAGCGACUUGUGAAACACUCCGCGGCCCGGUCACCAGCCAACCGGGAUCACGUGACUCCCAGGGCUGGGUGAAGAAGCCGCCGGGACAGAGCGCGCCGGAGGGGUAGAGCGCCUGGGGACAGAGGACGACGUCCCCUGAAAUAUGGCUCGUGGACAGCAGAAAAUUCAGUCUCAGCAGAAAAAUGCCAAAAAGCAAGCUGGACAAAAGAAGAAACAAGGACAUGACCAAAAGGCUGCUGCCAAAGCUGCCUUAAUAUAUACCUGCACUGUCUGUAGGACACAAAUGCCAGACCCUAAGACCUUCAAGCAGCACUUUGAGAGCAAGCAUCCUAAGACUCCACUUCCUCCAGAAUUAGCUGAUGUUCAGGCAUAAGGUUGUUUACAGGUGGAUUCACGACACCUUUGACUCUUCUACUGUCUCAGACCUUAGGUAACAUACCUGCAGCUGCUUUUCUAACAAACUGUUGAUCAGCAAAAAUAAAGGGGCUACAGAAACACUCAUUUUUAUGCUGUUCCCUUUUGGGCUUCAUGCAAAGACAAUUCUGUGUAAAUGUACAGUUGACUCUGAUUUGGAAAUCUGAAAAUCAGUCCAUUCUUGUUAUAAAAAAUUUUUUUACAACUGUAAUUAUAUUGAUGUUCAUAUUGUGUAAAAUAACUCAUUUAAUAAAAUAGUACUUUGAUUUACGACAUCACAGGAUAAAUGUUUUUAGAAAUUCUGUUCUAACUUUCCACAUUAUUUGCCUUAUAAAAAUCUAAUGAAUUCAUCAGCUAGAAUUGCAAGUGCAAUUCUUAUAUCCCUCUCUCAGCUCAGUGGCAGGUUCCUUAAACUAGAGCAGACUCAUUCAUUAAAAUUGUGCAUAUGAUUUUAUGGGCAGCUGAUUCUCUAGGUGAAAAAUGACUUAUCUGCUGCCUUAGUAUAUUGCGGUUAUGUGUCAUUGUACCCCUCUGAUCAUUUCCUGUGUUUGAGUUGGAAUAUUUAAAAUUGCAGUAUGACCUGGCUCUAACUGCCAGUCAGGUGUACCCUGUAGAUAACUGAUAAAUUCCUAAAAGCAGUUGGAUUGUCAGUGAGCCCUUCUGAAAGAUUAGGUUCUGAUGUAUAUGCCAUAAUGAAAUAAUCAUUAAACCUAUUGUUUAAUGCAAAAUAUGGAACAAAUGUGAACUGGUAAAGGCCGAUCUUGAUACUAGAUUCUUUGAAAACUCUUGAAAUUCUUUAAUUUGAAAUUGAAACAUUAAUUUUUGAGGUUUUUGGUAGUUACUAUUUGGCCAUUUUUACAAAUGGAUUUUGCAUUAACAGGAAGAUUGGAAUGACUUGUGGCUGGAUUAAUUCCCAGAACCCUCUCCCUCCUUUCUUUUCUAAGUGAGUUGUUGAUUUUAGGAGUUUGCUUUGUGCUGUUUCCUAAAAUCAAAGACUGGUGUACAGUAUGACUUCCAUCUGAACUUGAAAAGUAUUAAAAUGGGUCAAUAUUCACAUUCUUUUAGAUCUCAGGAUGGGGAAAUGGGUUUGUUCAGAUGGAUAUGGUAAAUCUUACCCAAUUACGGAAGGCUAAUUUUAGAGUUCUUCUAAUUUGCUUGUGUCAACUCUUAACUUGUAAAACUGCUGUUAACUCAAUAUAAUAGGAAGAACACUAAAAUACUUACUGGUAACUGCUUAGAGCCACUUAUCUGAUCCUGUGGAUUACAGAAUGCAUUCCCUCUUCUGCUGUAACUUGUCAUUGCUUUGUUUUGUAGCUCUGCAUAUUUUGCCCACCUUGUCUUCCCUGUAAGUUUAAGAUGUUUCCAAGGAAAAGCUUCAGUGCUCAUAGUUUCUUAGCAACUCCUAUUCUUAUGCCCUUACUUGAAAAUAGUCCUUUUAUUUUGUGUAUUUAAUUUCCUAAGUUUCAGAUUUAAUAUCUGUUGUUUCCUAAUAUGUUGAUUUCCAGAACGUUAGAAUUUUACCUAAUUUCUUGUGGAUAUUUCAGAAGUUCUGGUUAAAUCACAACUUAAAAGUUUUUAAAAAGCGCUUUGAGCAUAUGUAUGUUUAUGUUCAGUGACAAAUCAUAGAAAACCAUUCACAAGUUUUGGUUUAAUUUUUUUUCAUUUGUUUUAGUGACUGUAAUUCAGGAUGAAAGUUUUUUCUUGUACUUAACCCUUUUUUAUAAGCAGCUGAAGACACCAUAUUUAACACUAUUAUCUCAGUGACAGGGAAAUAGCUGCAUUGAUCUUACGUGAGCAUAUUAAUCCUUAUAGUUCAUGAGGGGAUUAUUAGUACAAUCCCCAUUUUACUGUGUUUGAGUUAAAAACCAAACAUCCCUGUAAUUUAAUUUGAAGAUUCUUUAACAGAUUGCAGCAGAGUUCAUUAUAAAACUGUUAUGGUGUCUUCAAAGACUUGAUAAAAUACACUGAGAGAGAAUUGGUCCAUUUGUAUGCUGUAUUUCUAUUACUUGCCAAAAGGAAUGGGGUUAAGAUUAAACUUGUUUCCAUUCUCUUCAUGUGGAUAUACAUCCCCAUGUUUAACUGACACACUGGGGGCUCAGUUGUGUGCUGUAAUGUCUUAUUAAAGAAGAUAUUAAA